UUAUGGAUUUAGUUACUUUGGCAUCUUGCCAGCCCUGUUUAGUUAUAAUUACGAAGUAUCUGUUUUUCAUCUAUUAGAAGGACGCAUGCUGUUUCUUAAGGCUCCAGCUGAUUUCCAGAGAUGACCAUGGAUGUGUGGCUUAAGCUUUUGGCGAUUGGUUUUGUCUUUCUCAACGUGGAAGUGCUCGUCACAGGGCAAGAGGCAUCAUCAGCACCCUCUAGUACUGGUGUCCCCCUAGCACCGACGCCUCCUCACCUUUCCACGCACGCAGACUCGCAAGCGCCCUCUGCCGGACAAUCUGACAACCACACACCCAGCGGCAGCGCUGCUCCUCCUGCACUCAACCCUGCUCAGGGCGGGAAUGACACAACAGAUUCACCCCCGACCACUUCUGCAAGCACUUCUCCUCCAAGCACUUCCACAGCCAUAGCUAUUCCACAGCCUGAGACAUGUGAUAAAAAAUAUGAAACGGUUUCUGUGGACUACUCGUAUGACAAAAUAACCAAUCGAUACAGUGCAACCCUAACACCUGCAGGGAAGUGCGAACCUAGCUGUAAAAACCUAACGGCUUGUACAUAUAUCUCUGUUAAUAUAUAUGAUGAUUCCUGUGUUGCCCCAUUUAAAGCUUUCACAUUGGAUGUACCACCAGCGAGUGAAAACUUCAUAAUGGACGAGUGUACGGAACCUCAGUUCGCACAUGUUUCGUUCUGUUUAGUUUGGGAAUAUAGUAAUUCUACCUGUGAGAAAAAUGCUACCUACAGCUUUAGAUGUGGUAAUGAAUCAUCACAUGAGAAAUUCAUUCACCUGUCCAACCUUACCCCCCAAACUACUUAUACUUGUGAUUCAAAAGUGUUUUAUCAACAACAUCAACUCAUCAAUAAAACAAAAUCUAUCACAACUGAUUUUGGGACUCCAGGAGAACCUCAGAAUCUUACUUGUCCAAAAUCAGGAAGGACAAAGAAAGAAGAAAUUACCUGGGAGGACCCUGAAAGUGAUUUUCAUAAAUUUAAGUUUUGCUAUUCAAAUGCCUCAGCAAAUAUUUGCAUGUCCCUGGAAAAAAACCAAAGCCAUUAUACUUUAGAAAACUUGAAACCUCAUACAAAGUAUACUGUGGAAUUAUUUGCUUACAAUAUCGGAAAAGUGGAGCGUUAUGGAAAUGCUGUGUCAUGUAAUUUUUUAACAGAAGUGCAAAAACCAGACAUGGUCAAAGACAUGGCUGUCAACCCAAUUUCAGAUAACAGUAUGAAUGUGACUUGCCAACGUCCUGAUAACCCAAAUGGCCCUGAAUUACUUUACCAUUUGACUGUAUUAAGUAGCAAUAACAUAGUUAGAAGCCAGAAUAAAACUAAUUGUGGCUUUGUUGAAAGGGAUCUUCAAUAUUCAACACAAUAUGUAUUCCAGGUCAGUUUGUACAAUGGGAGAUUUUAUGGACCUCCAAGGGAACAGACUGUAAAGACAUCUUAUAAUUCUAGUGCACUGAUUGCAUUUCUGGCAUUUCUGAUUAUUGUGACAUCCAUAGCCCUGCUUGUUGUUCUCUACAAAAUCUAUGACUUGCAUAAGAAAAGAUCUUGCAAUUUAGAUGAAGAACGGGAACUCGUUGAAAGGGAUGAUGAGAAUCAACUAAUGAAUGUGGAGCCGAUCCACGCAGAUGUUUUGUUGGAAACUUACAAGAGAAAGAUUGCUGAUGAAGGGAGACUCUUUUUGGCUGAAUUCCAGAGCAUCCCACGGUUGUUCAGCAAAUUUUCUAUCAAGGAAGCUCGGAAGCCUUUUAACCAGAAUAAAAAUCGUUACGUUGACAUCCUUCCUUAUGAUUACAACCGUGUUGAACUGGCUGAGAUCAAUGGAGAUGCCGGAUCCAACUACAUAAAUGCUAGCUUCAUUGAUGGUUUCAAAGAACCGAGGAAAUACAUUGCUGCACAAGGACCCAGAGAUGAAACUGUUGAUGAUUUCUGGAGGAUGAUCUGGGAACAGAAGGCCACAGUUAUUGUGAUGGUCACUCGAUGUGAAGAAGGAAACAGGAACAAGUGUGCAGAAUACUGGCCAUCAAUGGAACAGGAAACCAAGACUUACGGAAAUGUGAUGGUAAAGAUCCAUGACCUGCAAAGAUGUCCUGAUUAUAUUAUUCAGAAACUGAAUAUUACAAAUACUAAAGAAAGAACGGCUGGUAGAGAGGUGACUCACAUUCAGUUCACUAGCUGGCCCGACCACGGGGUGCCCGAAGACCCCCACCUGCUCCUCAAGCUGCGGAGGCGAGUGAAAGCGUUCAGCAACUUCUUCAGUGGCCCCGUUGUGGUGCACUGCAGCGCGGGGGUAGGACGCACCGGCACCUAUAUUGGGAUCGACGCCAUGCUGGAGGGCCUGGAGGCCGAGAACAGAGUGGAUAUUUACGGUUACGUGGUCAAGCUCCGGCGGCAGAGAUGCCUGAUGGUUCAAGUGGAGGCACAGUACAUCUUGAUCCAUCAGGCCUUGGUGGAAUACAAUCAGUUUGGGGAAACAGAAGUGAGCUUGUCUACAUUGCAUCCGUAUCUACAAAACCUGAAGAAAAAAGAUCCCCCUAGUGAACCGUCUCCACUAGAGGCGGAAUUCCAGAGACUUCCUUCAUAUCGGAGUUGGAGGGUACAGCACAUUGGGAACCAAGAAGAGAAUAAAAGUAAAAACAGGAAUUCUAAUAUCAUUCCGUAUGACUUUAACAGAGUGCCCCUCAGACAUGAGCUGGAAACAAGCAAGGAAAGCGAACGUGACUCGGACGAGUCGUCUGAUGAGGACAGCGACUGCGAGGAGCCCAGCAAGUACAUCAACGCCUCUUUCAUCAUGAGUUACUGGAAGCCUGAAGUUAUGAUUGCUGCUCAGGGGCCCCUGAAAGAGACCAUCGGUGACUUUUGGCAGAUGAUAUUCCAAAGGAAAGUCAAAGUCAUCGUUAUGCUGACAGAGCUGAACAAUGGAGAUCAGGAAACGUGUGCUCAGUACUGGGGAGAAGGAAAACAAACGUAUGGAGAUAUAGAAGUUGAUAUGAAAGACACAAAUACAUCUUCAGCUUAUACCAUCCGUGCUUUUGAACUGAGACAUGCCAAGAGAAAAGAUUGCAGAACUGUGUAUCAGUAUCAAUAUAAUAAGUGGAAUGUAGAAGAACUUCCUGCCAAACCCAAAGAAUUAAUCUCUAUGAUUCAGAGCCUCAAGGAGAAACUUCCCAAGAAUUCUGAAGGGUUGAAGUGUCACAAGAAUGUGCCUGUCCUCAUUCACUGCAGAGAUGGAUCUCAGCAAACAGGAGUAUUUUGUGCCUUAUUCAAUCUCUUGGAAAGUGCAGAAACAGAAGCUGUGAUAGAUGUUUUCCAAGUUGUAAAGUCUCUUCGCAAAGCUAGGCCAGGAAUGGUUUCCUCAUUUGAGCAAUAUGAAUUCCUAUAUGACAUCCUGGCUAGCACCUACCCUGCCCAGAAUGGACAAGCCCAGAAAUGCAGCAACCAAGAAGAUAAAAUUGAUUGUGCUAAUGAGGUGGACAAACCAAAGCAGGAAAUGAAUUCCGUUAGUCCACCUGCUGCCCUAGACAAGACCCCGGAAGGAAACAAAGAGGCUGAAGGUUCCCUACCAAGUGGCACAGAGGAACCAGAAUGUUCUGUCAAUGGUCCAGCAAGUCCAGCUUUAACGCAAAGUGCAUAGGAAAGCCAGAGUGAGGCAGGUCAGCCUCCUGUUAGGCGUUCCUUUCGUUUUUCUAGGAGCAGGAGAGAACAGAUAGAGGGCGGAAUCAUGUUGUGCACUGAACUUGUCUGUGUUGAGAGCUUUGACUUUUUAAUACUGUAGAAAAAUAUUUAAAAUCAUUCUACUGAAAUUUUUUGGUGUACAGUCUUUUGCUUAUUUUGAAAUUUUAUCUUUCAGUACAAAACUGUUUUUUUUCACUCUUUGCAUAUAUGUGUGGGUGUGACUGAGAGAAAGAAUGCUUUCUAGUAUUUUCUAAAUGCUCUUGAGAAUUUUGUUUUUCCUGAAGAACAAAACACAUAUUUUUUUAAAAUGAAAGUGUCUACUUAGGUUAAGAAAUUUGAUUUUUGAAUCAUAAGUAGUGUAUGGGAUCUGUAUAAGAAUGUCAUGUAUAUUUCUAAAAUGACCUCAAGAUGUCCUCCUUGCUCUACUCAUAUAUAUGUUUUAGUUCAUUGUUUUA